AUGGAUAUAGAUAGAUUCAGAUUGAUGCAGAUACAACACAGUUGUAGAUACAAAUACAGACACAAAGACAGAUACAGAUACAGAUACAGAUACAGAUACAGAUACAGAUACAGAUACAGAUACAGAUACAGAUACAGAUACAGAUACAGAUACAGAUACAGAUACAGAUACAGAUACAGAUACAGAUACAGAUACAGAUACAGAUACAGAUACAGACACAGAUACAGAUACAGAUACAGAUACAGAUACAGAUACAGAUACAGAUACAGAUACAGAUACAGAUACAGAUACAGAUAUGAAUACUCAUACGGAUGUAGAUGCGGAUGUGAAUACAGAUGUAGAUACGGAUGUGGAUAUGGAUACAGAUACGAAAGCGGAUGCGGAUGUAGGUGCGGAUGCGGAUACGGAUACGGAUACGGAUAA